AUGACCUCCCGCGCCUCCACCGUCACGUCCAAGGCCAACGGCGACAAGCCGGCGGCUGGCAACGAUGGCUCCAAGGCCCAUGACUUCUUCUGGACCUACACCGAGGAGCCCCAUCGCACUCGUCGUCUUGCCAUCAUCAAGGCCCACCCUGAGGUCACCAAGCUCUGUGGCCCUGAGCCAUUGACCAAAUGGGUCGUCCUCGGCGUCGUAUCCCUCCAAGUCGUCCUCGCUUGCCUCCUCCAUGCGACACCUUUCUGGUCUUGGAAGUUCUGGGCCGUUGCCUACGUCUUUGGUGCGACCGCCAACCAGAACCUCUUCCUCGCCAUCCACGAGAUCUCGCACAACCUGGCCUUUAAGAGCCCCCGCCUCAACCGCCUCAUCGCCAUCUUUGCCAACCUUCCCAUUGGCAUUCCCUAUAGCGCCUCGUUCCGACCCUACCACCUGACCCACCACAAGUCCCUCGGCGUCGACGGCCUUGAUACCGAUCUCCCGACUGCCUUCGAGGCCGUCUUCUUAGACUCCAUCCUCGGAAAGGCCUUCUUCUGCACCUUCCAGAUCUUCUUCUACGCCCUCCGCCCCAUGGCCGUCUACCGCAUCCCCAUGACCAAAAUCCACCUCCUCAACGUCAUCGUCCAGGUCUCCUUUGACUACGCCCUCAUCCGCUUCGCUUCUCCCAACGCCUUCCUCUACCUCCUCGUCUCCUCCUUCCUCGCUGGAAGUCUCCACCCCCUUGCCGGCCACUUCAUCGCCGAGCACUACGUCUACGAGACUGUCAGCCCCUCUCAGAUGGACCCCGAUAACCGCAUCCCCAUCCCCGAGACCUUCUCCUACUAUGGUCCCCUGAACUGGUUCACCUACAACGUCGGUCUCCACAACGAGCACCACGACUUCCCCGCCGUUCCCUGGACCCGCCUCCACGCCCUCCGCGACAUGGCCCCUGAGUUCUACAAUACCCUGCCCCGCCAUGAGAGCUGGGUCUACGCCAUCUGGCGCUUCAUCCUGGACCCCAACGUCGGCAUGUCCUGCCGCGUAAAGCGCAAGGAGGGUGGCCGUAUCGUCGGCGGCGCCGUCAACUGGAAGGAUUCAGAGAUUCAAGCCUAA